AAAACGAGCGAUACGAAAUCCAGCCCGAGCUCCGACUCGCAUCGAUUUUGGUUUUUGGCUGAUUUGAUUCCACCGCACGUCCGCCUCGGGUCUACAACUGCAGACCCGCUGCUGCGAGCGUCCGUUAUGUAUCGCAGAGAGGAAACACAGUGAAUAGACGGACACGUCCAUCUGCAAAAAAAAAAAAAAAAAAAAAAGGAAAGAGGAAACGAAGAUGGUGACGAUGGCUUCACCUAGUUUAGCUUCCAAAUGCUCGGCAGCAAUGGCGAAGCUCUCCCUCUCCCCGAAGCUGCUUCUCUGGCUCUUUAUUGCCGUUCAUCUCCCGACAAGCUCCUUCCAGACUGAAUAUGAUGAUGAGACGGCUAACAAGACGUGGGUGCUGACUCCCAAAGUAUAUGAAAGCGAUGUCACGCACAUCCUAAAUAGCCUACUUGACGGAUAUGACAACAAACUCAGACCCGACAUUGGAGUCAAACCGACAGUGAUUCACACAGACAUGUUUGUCAACAGCAUCGGACCAGUAAAUGCCAUCAACAUGGAAUACACCAUCGACAUCUUUUUCGCCCAGACCUGGUACGACAGAAGGUUGAAGUUCAACAGCACCAUGAAGGUCCUGCGUCUCAACAGCAACAUGGUCGGAAAGAUCUGGAUCCCGGAUACUUUCUUCCGCAACUCGAAGAAGGCGGACGCUCACUGGAUCACCACGCCCAAUCGCAUGCUUCGAAUCUGGAACGACGGUCGGAUACUCUACACACUGAGGUUGACCAUCGAUGCCGAGUGCCAGCUUAAAUUGAACAACUUCCCUAUGGAUGAGCAUUCGUGUCCCCUGGAGUUUUCAAGCUACGGCUACCCCAGGGAGGAGAUUGUGUAUAAGUGGAAGAGGAGCUCAGUGGAGGUUGGCGACAUUCGCUCCUGGAGGCUCUAUCAGUUCUCCUUUGUGGGUCUGAGGAACACUUCUGAGGUUGUCAGGACUGUCUCAGGAGACUACGUGGUGCUGACCGUCUUCUUUGACCUGAGCAGGAGAAUGGGCUACUUCACAAUCCAGACCUACAUUCCAUGCACCCUCAUUGUUGUCCUCUCCUGGGUCUCCUUCUGGAUCAACAAGGAUGCAGUUCCGGCCAGGACAUCAUUAGGAAUCACCACUGUGCUAACCAUGACCACGCUGAGUACCAUCGCCAGGAAAUCCCUCCCAAAAGUCUCUUACGUCACCGCCAUGGACCUGUUCGUCUCCGUCUGCUUCAUCUUCGUCUUCGCCGCGCUCAUAGAGUACGGCACGCUGCACUACUUUGUCAGCAACAGGAAGCCGAGUGCCAAAAAGGACAGGAAGAAGAAAAAUCCGCUCCUCCGGCUCUUUUCCUCAAAGCAGACACCUACAGUAGACAUCCGUCCACGGUCAGCCACGGCCAUUCAAAUGAACAACGCCACGCACAUGCAGGAGCGGGACGAGGAGUACGGCUACGAGUGUCUGGACGGGAAGGACUGCACCAGCUUCUUCUGCUGUUUCGAGGACUGCCGCUCCGGCGCCUGGCGGCACGGCAGGUUGCACAUUCGCAUUGCGAAAAUUGACUCGUACGCACGCAUCUUCUUCCCCACCGCGUUUGGUCUCUUCAACCUCGUCUACUGGGUGUCCUAUCUGUAUCUCUAAGCCCAGUGUGUGUAUCCAGCCUUACCGUACACGUCAUUUUAUGUAUUCUACAUAUGCUCUGUGCCAGCAAAGGACAUUUUCAUGGAGGGGACCCUCUGAAACCCACCAGAGAGUCUGAUUUCAAGUAUUUUUGUUUCUUUAACUCUCUGGUUUUAAUCUCUUUCACGUUUUCAUGAUUAUAUCCGACAACUUUUAACAGACAUUGCAAAUGUUGUAGCAUUACACUUUACUGGCAUGGAGAGAGGGUUGCGGAUGUGUAUUAAAAGCAUUGACUGUGUGAGCAAUUAACUCAGAAGUGUUUAAACAAAGUUUAGUUUUGUAUUUCUUUCUUUCUUUCUUUCUUUCUUUCUUUCUUUCUUUCUUUCUUUCUUUCCACCAUUCUAUUAUUUAUUUUGACACAAUUACAGCAGCAAAAAAAAAAAAAAAUAGAUGUGUAUCACGUUAUGGCGCAAUAUGUUUAAUUGUGAAAUCAAAAUAUUAUUCAUUAUUUGUUAUUAACGUGAACAGUGAACAUGUUUCAUGUUAUAAGAAGAACAAAGGUUUAUUGACGCAGGUCUAAGAUACUAAAGAUAAGGAAAAACUUAAAUCAUGGAGCCUUCCAUGUUCCAGGAAUGACACGACCUCAAGCAGGUCAGACUGAUGUUUCCUUGGAUGCAGCUCCAUGCAUUUUAAAUGAAAAUCCCUUUUAGUGUCUGCAGACCUAUGGCCCACACAGAGCUAGGACUAUUAAAGCACACUUAGCUGCUCACCAGAAUAAACCCUUUCACUUAGCCAGUCACUCUUCACGUGUGUGUCACACACAAGGAAAAAAACACCACGUAACAAUAUUAAUACUAUAAUCCCAAAGCAGGACGUAGAACUUAAUUCAUCUCUUAUUUCCAGGACCCAGGUUUGUAUCGUGUCAUGACACGUGUCGCUCUUCAUGAUCUAAUGGGAUAUUUUGAUAAACCUUUCACAGAUCGACACUUUUCCUUUUCCCAUUACACACAACACUUUCUCCAACUAUUUACACAAUACACAGUUUACGCAACACAACAAUGUGUCUGGCUUUAAACACUGCCAUUACCGCCCUGGAUUAAACCGCUGCUCUUCAUCCUUACGUUUAUUUAAAAUGUAGUAUUCUCUAUUUUAUUUGGAAAUGAGUUAUUUCUUGCUUUGCGCUGUUUUAAAGUGAAACAAAUUUAAAGAGUUUAUUUGUGUGCUCUCCAGUAUACAGUAGAUCCUGAUUUAUUUAUUAAUCUGAUGGCCCUCUCCUGCGUUGUACAGUAUAUAUUGGUUGUAUAUUACUUUUCUACACUCAAAUAUGGUAAAAGUACUGAACAAUAUAAUGUAUAUUAUGUGCUUUCUGAUUGCGAAUAUUAUGCCUUGGUUGUUUUCCCCAGGACGGCAACAUUUAAGGUGUCUAAGAUCACGCCAUCAAUACUUACUUUUACUUCUAUAUUUCUCUCAUGUUUUCAAAAACAACAUAAAAUGAGUUUGUUUUAAUUUAAAGAUGUGGUAUAACAUGAAACAUAUUCAAUUUUUACAAUAAAAUAUCCUGUUACAACGUGAAAUACAUCUAUUUUUAGUUAGUAAUAUGCUGCCGUACACAAUAAACAAUUAAAAAUAAAGUAGAAAUUCAGAUUACAACACACAAUCAUCAAAAAGAAUCAAAAUCUGUCUCAUUGCUUUUCUUUCCUUUGUUUUUUUUUACUGAACGCAAUGAAACACAAAACCUAAAGCACUUUAAUAGAGCUUUGAAUUGUUUGUUUUUGUUAAUGCUUCUUUAUUUUUGGUUUUAUUUGGCUAACGUGUUCGUUGGCACAAUUGAAAAUCGAAUAAUAUUUCACGUGUGGUCGGACGGCAGUGACGCUGUGUACAAAUCCAAUGCUCAACUGUACAGACACUGUAUAUAUAUUUUACGAUUACAUAGUGGUUUACAUUUACUGCAUGCACAUUUCAGGCCAAAAAAAAGAAAAGAUUCAACAUGUUUUAUGGUCUUCUAUUGUUGGAUAUGGAAACUAAUAAACAAGCGCUGUUGAUUAUCA